UCCAGCUGUCCCACAAUGCACUGCUGCGGCUCUCUAUAUGAGGGAUGCUCCGGUGGCGAGCGGUCAGUCAGCAUUUCCAUGGCGUCGUUCCAGCACUCGUCGUCCCGCGUCAGCACCAGCACCGUUAGGUCCUUCAGUGGAGCCGAACGUCCCAGAAUACAUAACCUGGAGACGGACAUCAGCGCCAUCAGCAGCAGCGGACAGGACCAGACCUGGGCGGACUCAUUCACUGAUUACCAAGUUUACCAGGGAGAUCGACAGUCUAUUGGAGGUUAUGAUGAAGACCAGAAGUACAUCCCCGGAAGAAACCAGGUAGACUGGAGCCUCGGAGACCACAUAAAGACUGGCUCCGAAGUGGGCGUGGUGAGAGCGGUGGGGGAAAACUACUUCCUGUCGGCAGACGUCAGCGGAUUCGAGCCUCAUGAAGUGGUCGUGCUGGCGUAUAAUCAGUGUGUGGUUAUUCACGCAGAGAAGAGCGGAUCAGAUGUUGGUGUUUCCGGCAGGUUUACCCACAAGUCUGUGCUUCCAGCAGACAUGGACCCGCUGUCUGUGAGCAGUUCACUGACCUCUGACCAGACGCUGAUCGUCAGUAUCAGACGAAUCCCAAAAACAUCGAGCUUUGACCUCCUGUAGUAAUAUAUGAACCUGUGUGUGAACGACGUGUGUGAACGUUUGCUUUGUGUUCUGAUCAGAUACAUGAAAGAUCAGAUACAUGAAAGCCUUCAGCUUAGUCCUUUUAUUAAUCAGGGCUCACCACAGUGGAAUGAACCGCCAACUAUUCCAGCAUAUGUUUCAAGCAGCAGAUGCUCUUCCAGCCACAACCCAGUACUGGAAAACAUUCAUACACACUCAUACACUACGGCCAAUUUAGUUCAUCAAUUGCCCUAUAGCGCAUGUGUUUGGAUCGUAGGGGAAACCGGAGCACCCGGAGGAAACCCACAACCUGUAACUUGGAAGUUGACGACUUUUUUUUUAUAGUUAUGCACAUAAUUCACUUAAUUUGAAGGCAAUGGGUUUACUCACUUUUAUAAAUAAAUGAAAUAAAUUAUUAUUAAUUAUUAUUAUUAUUUAAUAAUCAAUUUUGUACGGUGUUUGUUUAAUUUAAGUUACAAUUAUUCAUAAGUUUAAUUUGAUUCUUGUGUACGGCAUGUAAAAUGUGAGGCACCCAGUAAUUAUUUUAACUUUGUAAUUUGUUUUUUAAUCUGUUAUCUGACAACACUGAUUAAAAAAAUGCCUGUUUCUUUAAAUUAUUAUUAUCUGAACCCUAAAUAAAUACACUUUAUUACUUUGGCAUUUUUUAUGGUGCUACAAGCUAACUGUUGUGUUAAAAAAUGUACAUAUUCAACAUUGGUUUACAACAACCCAGCAUUUUUAGUGUAUCAACUGGUAUAUGUUUUAUACGGUCAGUUUAUAUGUACAGUAUUUCUCUGCAAAAUAGUUUUCUUUACAUUGUUGUUGAGAUUUUAAUGCAAACGUCUGAAAAUAUGUUUACUUUAGAAGCAAAGUGACAAACGCAAUGCUUGAUUAUUUGUUUUCAAUUCAAUUAAAAUCACAUUUCUUUACCCAUUUGUUGGGUUUGACCAUAUUUGGCCCAAUGUUGGCUCACAACAACUCAGCAUUUCAGACAGUAUAAAUAAAAUUAGGUCAUUUUGCAAAAUUAUAUACAUAUUUUUGUGUGAAAUAUCAGUCAUCGAAUGAUUUUUCUGAGCCUAAUGACAGACAUUUGAUUUAUUUUCUGAAAACUGUAGUAAAUAUAGAAUUGUUUUGCUUCUCUAGUAAACAUCCUGAUAUAGGAACAUUCAGAUUUAUAGUAGAAGGGGUUCUUUUUAUGUACUUUUUAAAUUAAUAAUCUUCAGUUUCCAGUACCAAUUAAAUAUGGUUAUUCUGUAUAUCCUACAUCUCAAGAAGUUUUUGCUUUGUUUUUACCAUGCCUCUGUUUUGGUUAAAUGUAUUCCAAUAUUUCCAUAUUUCUUUGUAUCGUAUGUUUCAAAUAAAAUCUUUAAAUGUUCUGAA